GGGGGUCUGCAAUGCAUUGCAGUAGUGUAGUGAGCAGUGCUUUGCAGUGGGGGCUAUGGGGAAAUCGAUUUUGCUACAGGGGAUGUAGUGGUGCAAUGGAUACAGUGGGAUUUACAGUUGUGCUUAUGGGAGCUGUGGGAGUUGCACUGCUUUGUAAUGGUGUGAUGGAUGCAAAGGGGUUUGCAGUGGGGGGGUCUGUGGGGUGCAGUUGGAGCUCUGUGGAGUUUGCAGUGGGGCAAAGCUUUGCAGAGCACAGGCAGAGUUUUAAUGGCUUGUUAUGGUGGCAAUAAGUGAUCUGUGGCAUCUCAGUCCUGCAGCCUGUUAAUUAUUGAAGCUCUGAUCAGGUUUAUCAGCCAUAUAGCACUGCUUUUCUCAUCUGCCUGUAUGGAUUUAGUGCACAGACAGGACUUCAGACUGGGUGCUUCUGAGCAUAUAUGUCUUACCUCCUCAUUUAAAUGAAGUAUUUAGUAGUGGUUGUGUAUUAUGCUAAAUGAUUUCCUAGUUAAUGUCAGGCAUUUAGAAGUUCCAGCAUUGAGAUCGUAGUUAAAUAUUUUAGUGUGAUAUUCAGUGUUCAAAGUAUUUUGUCGGGAGUGCUGAAAAAGGCUUAGGUGGCUGUUUGGGGCAGCUUUCUGACCUCCGUGCUUCUCUCACUUUGCACUUCUCUUACGUGUUGUGACCUUCAUCAUUAUUCCUGAUAGGAAAACAUUGCCUCAAGUUGUCUGCAGUGUGUAUUUUUUCUUACAUGUUGGUACAGCAUGAUUUUUUUCCACGAAUAGAAUGAAAAGCUGUUGUUUUCUGAGGUGGCCUUCCAUCUGAAAUGUGUGUGCCAAGUGGUGUUGGAUACCUCUGUUUCUUUGCCAGCCUUUUAUCGGGGAUGGGGGAAGGGCGGCAUUACAAACUCUUAGCAGUGGGACUGGGGGAGGUGGGUCAUUAUGCUGCUUCUGAUCUGCUCAGCAGAGCAGAAUGUGAGUGCCUUGUGGGACUCCUGCAUUUACUGCUUCAAGGGCCAGCGUGUGCUGCUGUGGCUUGGGAUGGGGCAAUUCUAGUAUCACCAGAUGAGGUUUCUGCUUUAUCGAGGAUCAGGUCUGCUUCGUGACGUUCGUUUCCAUGUGAGUCAGUUGGACUUUGAAAGAGGCAGGCGUGAAGGUACCUUGCGAGGAACAAACUAGCGGAGUGGAAGUAGCAAUGUGCCUCACGUACCUUUUGGUUACUGACUGAGAGCUGCCCUCUAAACGUUUUGUUGCUAGCUGCCGCCCCUGCUAGCAGUGCCUGGGGCCUCCCCUUUGCUCCCACCCAGCCAUGGGAUGGUGGCAAUCCUGCUGCCAGCCCCUCAGGGAGGCUUCUUUCUUGAGUGCUCUGGGAGCUAAGGGCAGUGGCCCUGCUUACGAGGGAACGAGCAGAGAAGCCUCUCCUUGCUCUCAGUUUUAUUAUCUCCAGGCCUGCUUUCUCCUCUCUUAGUCACUUCUGAGUCAGACAGCUGUCCUUUUUUGAUCUCUGGUUCUUAAAGAGUCAGAUGCUACUGUGUAUAAAGUUCACCAGAAAUCCUGGGUAUCACCAGAAGGGUACCUAAUUACCUUAGUCACCGUUGCUCAACUGUUUCAGAAGUUUCACAUUCCACAGCAAUGCCUGAAAGGCUGUUUAAAGCAGUGUUUAGAUGACUCUUUGCUGUAGUUUGGGGGUAUGGAGAGUGCACAUUAAGUGAAUUGGGGUAAGAGCAAUAAUCGUGAUACCAUCACAAUGCUGGACAUGCGAAAAGCAGUUCCCCGCUUGCUUUUUUCUAUUUGCUUUUUGUUAAUCAUUAAUAUUCUUUGAGUGCUUAGAGUUGGUCACGCCUGCAUCCUCACCAGUUUCACCAGUCACAGCAUUAGGUGGAUGUUUAACCCAAUCUCGGUUAUGCAUAAAUGAUGAGCCCUUUGUGUUCCAGUGCUGCGGCAUCCAUGCUAAGAAUUUCUAUAGUGAGAUGGUAAUGUUAUUUCAGUAGUAGUUUCUUCUUUACUACAGUGAUGCUUCUGGGUCUUCCUUCCUCCUGAGCCUUUGCAUGGCUGUGUGUGGCACUCUAGCUUGUGUGGGCAUCUACUUAAAAGAGAAAGGGGGAUUAGGAGAACUCUUCUGGACUUGCAUAUUUCUGCUUUGCUCUCUGUUUAUAGUCCCCAGGCUAAAGUAAAAACAUGGAUGCUUUCACACUGCUCACCUGAAAGCUUCUGAUAUUGCUCUUUUGAGUUGUGUAAUAUCAAAAUCCGGUCUCUAAAAUACCAGAUCAGAGCCUUUAUUGAAGGGAACCGAAGCUGCAGGGAGGUUAAGCAACUUGUUAAAGGUCACUCAGCGAGUUCAGCCUGGGAUCUGGGAGAUUGGGACUCUCCUAGAGUCAAAGCCACUGGUAUGCUGUGGUGUGCUAUUGCAGCUGCACUACAGCUCUGUCAUGCCUGGCCUAAGAGUUAAAUGAGCUGGUGUAUGGUAACUGUGUCUGCCCAGCACCUUCAUCUCCUGUGCAUAUGGUUCUGUAGGGUCAGAGAGCCUGAGGGUGGUUCGUUGAGAGCAGACCCUACAACAGAAGGUUGUUCACACAUCUUUUGCAUGUGUGGGAAUAUUUGCUGUUCACCGAUUAAGACAUACCUUGAGUGUAAGGAGGUCUGCUUUCUUUUUCUUUUGGUGUUUUUCUCAAGCUUAGAGGUUACCCCUGUCUUUUAUACUUCUAUUUUGUGAGGUUUAACUGCUUAAGAAGCAAUUUAGAUCUCAGCUUAGAUUACUUGGUUUCCCUCAAUUGUAGUGAAGUGCUAAAUCCCAUUGUUUCUGAAAAUUGAAAGCUAAGGCAGAGUCUCAGGAGCUGUGUAUUUUUUUAACCUUAAGUUUCCUUCUACUCUUUAAAAGAGGGAAAUAAUGUUCUCUUAAAUCUUUGUCAGAGAGGUUUUUUUUAACGUUGUUAUCCCAUUUGAGUCUUACACUGUGCUGAGCUGCCUGUGUGCUGCAAGUGUGAAUCAGGAGCUGGGAGGCAUCACACAGGUACUGAUGCAGAGCAUCCCUCUUGCUGAAGUUGAGCAAACUGGUUGGGCCAACAAACCAUACGAAAACAUCCAAAAAAGGGUCUUAAUACCUGUAGCUGGGGCUGUUCUUCAGCUGCUCCUGGCAUAUCUGUGUAUAGUUAUAAAUCAGUGUUAAUUUCCUUGCUAGUUGGAAGUGGUGACUUGUCUGUAACCAGUCCUCUAUCUUCCCUCUGCUCUCAUCCCACGUGAGUGUACUCCCCUGAAUGCAGAACCUUACCCAGACUGGUAUGUGGGUCACGCAGUGCAGUGAUCCAUAGCUCCUGCCCUGCCUUCUCCGGGGAAUUCAGAGACUUGGAGCAUCCCAACGCUGGGAAGAUCCUCUCAGGGAUGGGAUUCCCACAGCUUGCCUCUCAACGUAAUUAAGUGUUGCAGGAAAGCCUGUGUGACUUAGCAGGGAAUGUGACUGAUUUCUGCCUGCAAAAGAAGGGCCAGGGCAGGGAAAGAGCUGUUCCUGAGCUGUGAAAGGCAGGUUGUACAGGGGCCAGGAGAAACGCUGCAGACCUCUUGGAAAAUGCCAGGAAGCUCUCUUGUGAGAUACCAGAAAUGGCAAAGCAGUACUGACUCAGCUCCUCUGCUCUGGGCUGAGCAAACCCAGGGACCUUAGCCACUCCUCACACACCUUGCCCUACAGACCCUUCUCCAUUUUCAUAGCUCUCCUUUGGACUCUCUAGUUUUGUCUGUCUUAUGAGUGCUGCCUCUCCUCCCCCCUCCCAUGUGGCCCCACGGUGUGUCUUGAAGCCUUCUGAGAACAGACCUUACUACACGUGAGGUUUGUGCCGGGAAGCUAUGGAAACAGCACUGCAUGCCUCCUGCCUCUGCAGCAUUGUUCCUAUGCUAUCAUACGUAGGUCCUGCCCACGAGGCCUUUCUGCAGUGUGGUUUCCUCGUAUUGCACAAAACCAGCAUUUCUUAGCGUGCUUCUCUUGCAAACAGACAAUAGUGAGGUUGGGAAGAGGAAAAUGUAUUCUGCCUCCAGGGAAGCUGAGUGACUGGCCAAAUAAAAGUGGGCUGAGGGGAGCAUUUUCUGGAAUUCUUGAGGCAAAAGAAACCUGUUGAGGAAUCAUGCCUAAUACAAAUGUUGAUUUAAUCAAACCUCUCUUUCCUCAAUUUAUAUCAGUACCAGUAGCUGUGACGUUACCUCAGUGACUGCCAUUUCACACACAGCCAUCUGUGGGGAUCUCUGUCGUGACUUUGGUUAUGGCCAAGCUGCUUUGCGCUGAUGAACUGCUCUCCCGUCCUUGACUUCUCAGCUGGUGUCUGUAUAUAGAGCUUGGUGCUGCCUAGAAAGUGCCCCUGGGAGCAUGUGGUGCUCAAAUAAAACCUGUCAGACAGUGAUCAGCUGCACAGUCUGCCAGCCUUCUGCAGCUCCUGGUACAGGAGCUGAGUGCUGCUGAUGGAAGUUGUCUUUGAAGAGCUGUGAAGAUGGAGAAGGGUCUGUAGGCCAAGGUGUGUGAGGAGUGGCUAGGGUCCCUGGGUUUGCUUAGCACAGAGCAGAGGAACUGAGUCAGUGCUGCUUUGCUAUGUCAAGCUCUGUUACAGGAGCAAGGGUUAGAUCAAGCAGGGCACUUAGUGGGUUAAUGGUUGAAUUGGUAGGUCUGGGUUUCUCCUCCUGGUUCUACUGUAGUGGGGAAGUUGCACAUAUCCUCUUAUAAUGUGAUUGACUAAACCAUCUGACCAGAAUUGUUUCCCAUAUUGGAAUAGCCCCAAUCAUUCUCUUUUUGCUUGCAAAAUAAGAGCAAUCCAUCUGUUGUGGUGCAAAGGCUUAAUGUGUCUCCCGUGCCAGUUGAAUGUCUGCUGCUGUAGUGCAAUGUGAUUCAGUAUCUGUACAAUUUCAAAUGACUUCAUGUGUGUUUGCAGUCCAGAAGGGGUAGGAUAAAAGUUCUUUUUGGCCUUAAACAAUAACUUCAGUUGUUGUAAAACAGAUACGAUCACCAAGCAUGGACAUUUCCUGGUGGUUGUCUUUGACACUGCUGGUGGCGAUGUUGUCAGCCUCCAUUACCAUGGGGGGAUUGCUUUCAGUGCACGGGCAGUCAUCUGAGUUUGACAAGUGAACGUCAUUCUUCAGAGUACGCUUCCAUCAUAGCAGAAAUGCAUUCACACCCAGAACUGGUGGUAAAUUGGAAAGGGCUGCCCAACUGUAAGGAUAUGGUGUGAUGUUACACCUCAUUAAUUUAAUAGUAGGAUGCUGCUCAAAUGGAUGCCUUUGUUCCUUUGAUUCCCAUCUGCACCCAAAGCCACGUGCCCUUGUAGCUUCCCAAUGAAUUUAUCAAGGAGUUGGGUGAUGGCUGAUUGGGGGAACAACCACCUACGCUACAGGCAAAAAAAAGGAAUGAAAAAGCUCAUGUGAUGGAAUUGAUUUGCCACGUGUGUAUGCAAUCUGACCUAGUGGGGAAGGGCAUGACUGUUGUCUCGGGCGGCUCAUCAUUUAGGUGGGCUGAGCUGUAGAAGUCAGAUGAUGUUGCAUGCUUUCCUUGACUUCCACACUGUCUUGGGAGGAUUUCUCCACCAUCUUUAGGUAUCCUCACUCACUGCAAAGAUUAAGUUGGACUAACACAGGUGUAUUUUCUUCCGGUGAGAGUGAGAAAUUCAUACAGCAGCAAGUCUUUGCUUCCUGGAGGUAUGUAUGUAGGAAGCCAGAGCUCGCUCUGAAAGCAGUAAAACAUGCAGGCUACUGUGCUGUGGGGCCCGAAAUCUCUUUAUUUCCCUUUUUGUUUGUCCUGGGGGUAGAUGGCUGGACAGCCUGUUCUGGAGUCGCAGCAUGAAGGAGAUGUUUACCAGGUGCUUAAAUGCGUGUCAUUGUUUCAGCUGCCAGAAACAGCGUGGCUGCUGACCCACCUCUGCAGGCCGUGAGCGCUGGGUUUGUCAGAGAUCUUUCAUGGAGGGAGGACUCAUGUGUUGGCAGUUGGUUUCGUAGAGGAGUGACUAACGUGAUGGAAGGAGUGGUAUUUUCAAAAGUGUUUGGCACUCGUCUCUGUGAAGUUGCAGAGAUUGGAGUAAAGUGGUAUUCUGUGCCUUUCUCUCCUCAGCUUGCUACGUAAUUUGCUUUGUUUUAACAGGAAAUCCCAGAACUUCAGCUCUCUUGCUCAAAUACUCUCUUCUUUUAAAGCUGCUUGAGGUACUAUCUCACAAAAAAUAUUUCUCCUUGCUGUUUUGAUACCGUGCCUUCCUCACGGGUGCUCCUGGAGCUGCUGGUAAGCAGAAGAUGUUUCUGACAGUGUACCUCAGUAACAAUGAACAGCACUUCACCGAGGUGCCAGUCACCCCUGAGACAACGUGCAGAGAUGUGGUGGAGCUGUGCAAGGAGCCUGGUGAGAGUGAGUGCCACCUGGCUGAGGUGUGGUGUGGCUCAGAACGGCCUAUAGCCGAUAAUGAACGGAUGCUGGAUAUCUUGCAGCGCUUUGGGAUGCAGAGAGGUGAAGUUCGUUUCUUUCUUAGGCAUGAACGCUCUCCCUGCCGGGAAUCAGGGACUGGACCAAGGUCUCAAGAUCCAGUCUUAAAAAGAAAUGGUGUGAAAGUGCCCAGUGAUCGAAGAAUGGAGAAUGGAGUCAGUGCUCCAAGGAUGGAUAUGACGCUGGCUGAACUUCAGGAAAUGGCAUCACGCCAGCAGCAACAAAUUGAGGCUCAACAGCAAAUGCUGGCUAACAAGGAACAGCGCCUGAAAUUCCUGAAGCAGCAAGAUCAGCGACAGCAACAGCAGGCUGCUGAACAGGAAAAACUGAAGCGAUUAAAGGAAAUUGCUGAGAAUCAGGAAGCCAAACUUAAGAAAGUAAGAGCGUUGAAAGGCCAUGUGGAGCAAAAAAGACUCAGCAAUGGGAAGUUAGUGGAGGAGAUUGAACAGAUGAACAGCCUGUUCCAGCAAAAGCAGCGUGAGCUGGUGCUGGCGGUCUCAAAGGUAGAGGAACUCACCAGGCAACUGGAGAUGCUGAAGAACGGCCGGAUUGAUGGCUACCACGACAACCAGUCGGCUGUAGCUGAGCUCGACCGCCUGUACAAGGAGCUGCAGCUGAGGAACAAACUGAACCAGGAGCAGAAUGCCAAGCUGCAGCAACAGAGGGAGUGUUUGAACAAGCGCAACUCAGAGGUGGCAGUCAUGGACAAGCGUGUUAAUGAGCUGCGGGAGCGCCUGUGGAAGAAAAAGGCAGCUCUGCAACAGAAAGAGAAUGUACCAGUUUCUUCCGAUGGAAAUUUACCCCAGGCAGUGGGUUCUGCUCCAAGCCGAGUGGCAGCAGUAGGUCCUUAUAUCCAGUCCUCUACUAUGCCACGUAUUGCUUCCAGACCUGAACUGUUGGUGAAGCCAGCAUUUUCAGAUGGGACCCAAGCUUUGCAGGCAUCUGAUGGUCCACUGAAAACACAAACUUUGCCGAACAUGCGAGCUGGGAGCAGUUCACAAGCUAAAGUUCCUGCAGGUUCUGUGGUCCCCAGUUCAAAACCUUCCCAAUCUGCCGAGUGGAGUAGCUUAAAUACAGACAACCAUUUAAGUCAAGGAUCUGCUUUGACUUCAGGAAAGGGAAUUGUGUCCGGUGAAGGUCAAGCUGAAGGAGAUGCUUUUUCACGAGACAAAGAGAAGAAAGUACGUCCAUUCUCCAUGUUUGAUUCUGUGGAUCAGUCUGCUGGGCUGGGUACGCUAAGGAAGAACCAGAGCAGCGAAGAUCUUUUGCGAGAAGCUCAGGCAGCCAAUAAAAACGUAACAAAAGUACCACCUCCUGUCCCCACUAAACCAAAACAGAUAAACUUGCCUUAUUUUGGUCAAACCAGUCACCAGCAACUUUCUGACCCGAAGCUGGAUGGAAACCUACAGAAGCUGCCUUUGGCUGUCGCUUCUAUGGGGAGCAAACAAAAACCAGUAGCACAGCAGCCCUCCCAUCCUCAGCAGAUGCAACGGAUUUCUGUACCCCCUGUAGGUCCUUCCUCUAGCCAGGACCAGAUUCUUUCCUCCUCCAAACAGGAGAGUCCCCCGGCAGCUGCUGUAAGACCUUUUACCCCUCAGCCAUCCAAAGAGACCUCACUGCCUCCAUUUCGAAAGCCUCAAACUGUGGCUGCAAGUUCAAUUUACAGUAUGUACACACAACAGCAGACUCCUGGGAAGAACUUCCAGCAAGCAGUGCAAAGUGCUUUGACAAGGGCACAGACCAGAGCACCGCACUUCCCUAGUGUGUAUGGCAAGCCUGUGAUGGCAGGAGCAGGUGUACAGAAUCAACUGCCGCAGACAGAGAACAUUUACUCAAACCUGCAAGGCAAGCCAGGCAGUCCAGAGCCCGAGAUGGAAACGACAGCCUCUGCUCAUGAAAGUCACGAAACAGAGCGAAUUCCCCGUCCCCUCAGCCCAACCAAAUUGCUGCCUUUUCUGUCCAAUCCGUACCGCAACCAAAGUGAUGCUGAUUUGGAAGCACUGCGGAAGAAGCUGUCCAACGCGCCCAGACCACUGAAGAAACGUAGCUCCAUUACUGAGCCAGAAGGACCUAACGGUCCCAAUAUUCAAAAGCUGCUGUAUCAGAGGACGACUCUGGCUGCUAUGGAGACUAUCUCAGCUCCAUCACAUCCCUCCAAACAGACGGCAUCAGCUGUCAGUCCUGAAAGCCCAGUGGAAAUCCCAAAUCCUUAUGCAAGUUCAGAAUCGGAGAAAGAAACUGUUUCUUCUAUGCCUGAGCCAACCAUUGCUGAGGAAGCAGAAAACACACCAGCAGAUCAGAGCGAAGCUGUUCUUCCCUCCACUGCAUUAGACCCGGUACCUGAAGCGGUAUCAGAUAGUGAUGAAUCCAUGCCGCCAAAAAUGGAAGAACCGAGCCAUGAGGCUCCACUACCACUGGAAGUGUACAUGGAGGAGUAUCCUCCAUAUCCACCACCUCCAUAUCCAUCAGGGGAGCCGGAGAGUUUGGGAGAGGACUCAUUCAAUAUGCGGCCUCCUGAAGUUACAGGGCAGUUCUCCUUGCCUCCUGGGAAGAGGACGAACUUGCGUAAGGCUGGCUCUGACAGAAUUGCUCAUGGAAUGAGAGUGAAGUUCAACCCUCUCGCACUGCUUCUGGAUUCAUCGUUGGAGGGGGAGUUUGACCUCGUGCAGAGAAUCAUUUAUGAGGUUGAAGAUCCAAGCAUGCCCAACGACGAAGGGAUUACUGCACUGCACAACGCUGUGUGUGCUGGGCACACAGAAAUUGUGAAGUUCCUGGUGCAGUUUGGUGUGAACGUGAAUGCUGCAGACAGUGAUGGAUGGACCCCACUGCACUGUGCAGCAUCUUGCAAUAAUGUGCAGGUGUGCAAGUUCCUGGUGGAGUCAGGUGCGGCUGUAUUUGCUAUGACCUACAGUGACAUGCAGACAGCUGCAGACAAGUGUGAGGAAAUGGAGGAAGGCUACACACAGUGUUCCCAGUUCUUAUACGGAGUCCAGGAGAAAAUGGGAAUAAUGAACAAAGGAGUGAUUUAUGGACUGUGGGAUUAUGAGGCUCAGAAUGAUGAUGAGCUCUCAAUGAAAGAAGGUGACUGCAUGACAAUCCUGCGCCGGGAGGAUGAAGAUGAGAUUGAGUGGUGGUGGGCACGGCUGAAUGACAAGGAAGGCUACGUUCCCCGCAAUCUGCUUGGGCUGUACCCAAGGAUUAAGCCUAGACAAAGAAGCUUGGCAUGAAGUAGCAGGGAUGCCAGAUUCUUGAAGUACUUGCUAAUCGUGGAUGGCUUACAAAGAAAAAAUUCAUUCUGUGUUGGUUCCAGUAUCGUGAGACUUAUUUCAAUGACAGUGUAAUUUGAAACGAUGAAGAAUGUGCUUUGAAAACAAAUGAAGGAUUGAUACGUUAGCAAAUAGACGAGGGCAUUCUACAAGCUGAAAUAAUGCUUGCAAGCAAACAGAAUUAUUCUGCCUGCGGUAUAAGCAAGCCUAAUGUUGAGGUACCCACUCUGAUUUCUCCAAACAUGGCAGAAAAGAUUUUCACACCUCUCUGCAUUAAGUACAAGAACCUUUUCAGUUUACCAUUGAAGGAGUCGUCAUGAGACAGCCAGCCAGCUUCGUCCAUAUCUAUCCCGAGGCUUUUUCCAGAUGGGAGAAAUUAGAAAAGUACGUGCCUGGCACCCAAAUGCUCAUUGUUGGAAGCGGAACAUUUGCUGAAGAAGUGAAAUUGAAGUGCAUCUGAGCAGUGGAAAACAUGCUGACCAAUCCAGUAAGCAAUAACUUCUAAAAUGCUGUAGCAUCUUAGCAAUUCUAUGUAUUCAAAAUAUUAUGUGCUAUUACAGACAAUGUAGUUUUAGAUUCCUCUUUUUGCAAAGAGUCUCAUGUAUUUAUUGCCUUUUUUACUGUUAAAACUAAAUGUAGACACUUUCUGUAGUCCUUGACAACUUACUUGUUUUUAUUUGACUGUGAUACCAUUAAACUUGUCUCCUCUUAA